AUGGUUUCAGGGAGAGAAGCCUGCGUUCUGGCUCUGGAAUUGUUCCUGUUGAUGGGUGAGGGCGAAGUUCAACUAGAGGAACGCGUGAGACAAGAGGCUGCUCAGGCUGCUAUGAAUUGGAGAAAGAGGCUUGUAAUUGAAGGUGGUGUUCGCCAAGCUAGUGAAAUCGACGCCAAGGGUUUGCUGCUGUUCGUUGCGGGUUACGGAAUUCCCAAACUCUUCAGGAAUGGGGAACUGCGCUGUUCGUUGCUGGUUGUGGCGGCGGCGAGGAGUGGGGAACUGCGCUGGUUGCGGCGGCAGCGAGGAGUGGAGCGCGACGCUCGACGGUUUAUAGUCCCUCUUUAA